AUGGCGAACAAGAUAUCUACAUAUGAAUGCCAGCUUCUGAACUCAGUACGGAAACUAAGUGAAGACAUUGAGUUACCAUUUUUUGAUCUGGACACUAUUGUGAAUGCCACUAAGAACUUCUGUUCCACAAAUAUGAUCGGAGAGGGUGGUUUCGGUCCUGUUUACAAGGGUAAGCUAACAACGGGACACGAAAUAGCAGUCAAGAGGCUUUUGAAGAAUUCUGGACAAGAUCAGAAUAAAGGACUAGAACUUCCAUGGGAAAAACGAUUUGCAAUUGCUAUGGGCAUAUCAAGGGGACUUCUCUACCUUCACCAGGAUUCAAGAUUAAGAAUCAUUCAUAGGGAUCUCAAAGCCAGCAACAUUUUACUAGAUGAUGAACUAAGUCCCAAAAUUUCAGACUUUGGGAUAUCAAGAUGUUUUGGGAGGGAUCAAAUUGUUGCCAAAACGAAAGCGAAUAAUCAGAACAUAAAACUGUCAAAAGACAGACCAAUCAUGUCAUCGGUUGUUUUUAUGUUGAGUAACGAGGAGCUGACAUUGCCUCAACCCAAAGAACCUGGUUUCUUUGUAGAAAGAAGUUCCAUUGAUGAAGAGACAUGA